UAUUUGCUUUUGCAGUAUGGAUUUAUAAAUACCUGCCUGAAGUCUUUGGUGGUUGAAAAGUAUGGUGAAGAAACAUGGGAAAAAUUAAGACUCCAGGCCGGAGUCCAGGAUUCUUUCUUGACUUUUGAGGUGUACAAAGAUGAGAUCACGAUGCGGCUCCUUGACAAAGCCUGCAAAAUACUGGGUAUACCUUUCAAGCCUUUUGUAUUCAUUAAGGUAUCUUUCUUUUGCCAGGCGUUAAUUCUGAGAGAGUUUGGAGAGUAUUUCUUUGAGUUCUGUAAACGCUCGGGCUAUGACCACAUGCUGAGGACGCUGGGUGGAAACCUCUAUGAGUUCAUAGAGAACCUGGAUGCAUUGCACAGCUACCUGUCCCUUUCUUACCAGGAGAUGAAUGCACCAUCUUUUAGAGUAGAGAAGAAUGAAGAUGGGUCAAUGCAUUUACAUUACUAUUCAGAUAGAAGAGGUCUGUGCCAUAUCGUGCCAGGAAUCAUCGGUGCAGCAGCCCUGGAUUUUUUUAACAUUGAGAUUUCAAUGGAAAUUGUCAAUCAAACAGAGGAAGAAGAAAGAACAGGGAAAAAAGAACAUAUUGUUUUUCUUGUCACUCAAAACCCUGUAUUAUCAUACAAGGAAAGAAAUGAAUUUUCUUCCUCACCUCAGUAUCUUGCUGACUCUGAAAAACUGAAUAAAGAGGACCUUGAAAAAGCCAAGAAUGCAAUUAGAGACAGAGGAAGCUCUCUUUGCCCUGUCAAGAAAAGUCAUUGGAAAACAAUAAGAGGAAUAAUCACAUUAGGAAAAGGUAAGCUCCUGAGAGGAUUUGAUCCUGUUUACCCCAAGAGCCUCUGGAUUGACACAAAAACAUUUUGCAAUGGACUUCCUUUUCAUAUGGUUUUUGACAAAGAGCUCAGAGUGAAGCAAGCUGGGGUGAGCAUUCAAAAGAUUGUACCUGGCCUUCAGACCAUGGGCAUCUGCUUGGAUCAAUACUUCAGUAUCGUUCACCCAGAAGUACCCUUCACCAUCUCUAGCAUUCAGAAGUUUAUCAACAGCCAAUUUGUUUUCCAGACUAGAAGAGAGAUGAUGCCAGAGCCAUGGAAACAACGGCCAAUGCUAGAGCUGAGAGGCCAGAUGAUCUGGAUGGAGUCCCUGCAGUGCAUGCUCUAUCUCUGCUCACCCUUGCUUCGCACUUUGCAUGAGCUGGAGGAGCGACAGAUGCAUAUUGCAGACAUUGCACCUCACGAUGUGACCAGGGAUUUGAUUCUUCUCAAUCAGCAGCGACUGGCAGAGAUGGAGCUCUCGAACCAGCUGGAGAGGAAGAAGGAAGAACUGCGGAUACUGUCAAAGCACCUAGAGGAAGAGAAGAAAAAGACUGAAGCUCUGCUCUAUGCCAUGCUUCCUCAGCACGUGGCCAACCAGCUGAAAGAGGGGAAACGAGUUGAAGCAGGGGAGUUCAAGGAGUGCACCAUAUUAUUCAGUGAUGUUGUGACCUUCACCAGUAUCUGUGCGCAGUGUGAGCCUAUCCAGAUCGUUCUCAUGCUAAAUUCGAUGUACCUGCGGUUUGACAGGCUGACCACAGUGCACGACGUGUACAAG